AUGUUGCUGUCUGAGCUUCUUACAAUGCUGAUCACUUGCUGCUUAUCGAUGAACACAAUACAAGGAGACGAAAUCUGCUACAACCAUCUUGGCUGCUUCUACAAUACCAAAUCCGGGAAGAUCCGCCCUCUACCCUGGAGCCCCGAAAAGAUCAACACCCGAUUCCUCCUCCACACCCGGGACAACCCCGAAAUGUACCAGGAAAUCUUCUCCGGGAAUAUGACGAGUGUCCGGCGUUCCGCCUUCAGAAUCCGACAGAAAACCGUCUUCAUUGUACACGGAUUGGCCGACACAGCCGAGGACAACUGGGUGUCCCAAAUGAUCCGGGAGAUCCUCCGGGUGGAAGACGUGAACUGCGUCGGGGUGGAUUGGCGCGACGGCGCGGCUCAUCUGCACCUGUACGCUCAGGCGAGCAGCAACAUCCAGGUGGUGGGCGGGGAAAUCGCCUUCCUGGUGACCAGACUUCAGGAGGAGCUGGAUUACCCGCCGUCCCACGUUCACCUCAUCGGUCACAGUCUGGGCGCUCACGCAGCCGGAGAAGCCGGGAAGAGAUGUCGCGGGAUCGACACCGAGAAAUCCCUUCACCUGGACUCCUCGGACGCAGAGUUAGUUGACAUCAUUCACACAGACGCGGAUCCCGUCUUCGGUGAGAUUCUUUACAGUCCGCGCUUCUGA